AGGAGCCCUUUGCUGUAGUUAUAGCCACAGUUUUCACGAAGUAUUAAAAAAUUUAGUUAUUUUAAACAUCAAUAAUGUUAGAAUUUCAUUUUCUGGAGUUAAUUUAAACACUCGGCAAACAGAUUGGACAUAUUUUCUCACGAGAAGAUGGAACUUAGUUAUUCUGCGAGCGAGUGGUGAAGACAAACAUUUCUGGAGAAACAAACUAUAAGAGUAUGCUAUUGUUUAUUUUUCCUGGAAGCACGUAAGCUGUUUUCUUGCUUUGUUUAUUUCGAGUGAACUGAGCUUAGAGGUUCCUUUACGACAAGAAGUACCUACAAUAUCGCAGUGGUUCCGGAACUGAAACUAUACUUAUUGCAUGAUACUACACUAUCAGCACUAAUUCAGUUACUACACAACUUUUGUACAGCUCAUGAAGUUAAAAAUACCAGAAACCCCAUGACUCUGAGAACUUUUCAACACUGAUAACUUCAGAAAUGUUAUUUUCUUUGACAGAAGGUGAAGAAGAGUUCAUUUUAUCAUCAGAUGAAAGUUGGGACGAAUAUAACCAACAGUUAGAUAAUGUAGAAAACAAGAAUACCAUGCAAACUUGUCCCAGAGGUGAUCAAAAGGAUGAUUUAAUAACUUACAUGCAAACUGUUUCGGAAAAGUUAACUUUUUACUUGAAACGAAACGAAGGUAAUGAAGACUACUGUGAAGUGUACGAAAACAAAUACCAAGUGAACGUUUCAGGCCUAGCACUCUAUCAUGCUGACCUCUUAGCCAUGGCUCAGGUGAACGACGAAACAAAAUCGUUAAAAACGUCGAAGAGGAAAUCUCAGAUAGUUUUUGAUAAUAACUUAUGUGACUGGCCGUGCUCUGGAAAGUGCAAUCCAGAGUUAGGAUUAGGGCCUCUUGGAGAACUUUUCAAAACAGUUUUUGGCAAUCCAAGUUCUUAUGACCCUACAAUAUUCCAAGUAUAUCGUCCUCUAAGUGAUUGUGAUCAAGAUGUAAAUAGUGUUGUACUUCAGUUCACAGACUGUUGUCAUAAAACUUCAUCCAGUCUAAGAGGCGCCACAGGUACACUUCAAAAUACAAUGAACAGAUUCUCUGAUGGUUAUGCGGAUCCUUUUCCUAGUUGUAACUUAAACAAUUCGUUUACGUCAGGACAAUUUCCCACCUUUACCAGUGGCACUGCCACCUGCUAUGAUCAAAUGUCUAAUGCCUAAUUCCAAAGUUACCAAAUUAUCGAAGGCCUUAAGAGUUUUAGUGUUGACUAUUUGAAUCACGGAAUCUUCAUUAACAAUGACUUUAAGUAAUCUGUGUAUAUAAGUUGAGGAAAACAUUAGCUAUUAUGUAUUCAUGUAUAUUCUAAGUCUAGUUUAUCAAACAAUAAUGUGUACCCAGGAUCUCUGUUUUGACGUUAUUAUAUACAAACGAUAUGUGCUUCAGAAAUGCAAUAAAAAUACGGUGCGCAU